UUCGGCUCCAUGUGACAGGGGGUGGCCGGCCCCACUCGCUUCCCACGGAUCGGCUCGCAGCCCCCGAACCGCACCGCAGCCCAGCUCCCGCUGACAGCCGAGCGCUGCUCGUCGGCUCCUGCCCCAGCCACGCGUCUUUGCUUAAAGUCCACUCCCCCAUCCUGAAAACCGAGCUCAUUUUCGCGUUGCCGGCCGAAGAUGCGAGUGGCCCUCGCAGAGCCAUCUGCAUGCUCUAUCUCCGGUCUCAAGGAGUAGACAGCGCGUGGGAAAGGGGGGAUCAGACCUCCUUUUUUCAUUCCUCUCCAUCACCACGGAUCCACUGUCUCUGACUUGCAGUCAGUCUGUCCUCUCAGAUAUAAGCUUACAUCUCGCAUCCGCCGUCUCACCCUGGGAUUAGACGCGCGUGGAUCGGAGGACCCGGGUCUGUCGUUAUUCCUGCCGUGGGGAAAAUUUAUUAGAGGAGUAUUUUUUCCCCAUCUGACCCAUUAACAUGGAAGCGGUGGAGAAGGAAUGUGGGGCUCUGGGUGGCCUCUUCCAGGCCAUCGUCAAUGACAUGAAGUGCUCGUACCCGAUAUGGGAGGACUUCAGUACCAAGGCCACCAAGCUCCACUCCCAGCUCAGGACCACAGUGCUGGCCGCAGUGGCCUUUCUGGAUGCCUUUCAGAAGGUGGCGGACAUGGCGACCAACACCAGAGGUGCCACCAGGGACAUUGGAUCAGCGCUGACCCGGAUGUGCAUGCGGCACCGAAGCAUCGAGGCCAAGCUUCGUCACUUCACCAAUGCCUUGAUGGAGAGCUUGAUCGCACCUCUUCAGGAGAGAAUUGAAGAUUGGAAGAAAACUGCCAACCAGCUGGACAAGGACCACGCCAAAGAGUACAAGCGAUCUCGGCAUGAGAUCAAGAAGAAGUCCUCAGACACCUUGAAGCUCCAGAAGAAGGCCAAGAGAGGACGGGGGGACCUGCAGCCCCAGCUGGACAGCGCCAUGCAGGACGUCAGUGACAUGUGCCUGCUAAUGGAGGAGAUGGAGAAGCAGGCGGUGCGCCGUGCCCUGGUAGAGGAGAGGGGGCGCUUCUGCACCUUCAUCAGCUUCCUGCAGCCCGUCGUGAAUGGAGAGAUCGCCAUGCUGGGGGAGAUCACGCAUCUUCAGGGCAUUAUUGACGACCUGACCAUGCUGACCACAGACCCCCACAAACUCCCCCCUGCCAGCGAACAGGUGAUUAAGGACCUGCGGGGCUCCGACUACAGCUGGUCCUACCAGACACCCCCAUCCUCCCCCAGCAGCUCUGGCUCCAGGAAGAGUAGCAUGUGCAGUCUGGCCCAGCCGCCACCAGGGGGAGCCCACCGUCUCAGCAGUGUGUCUUCUCAUGACUCAGGCUUCAUCUCACAGGACACCAAUGUCUACUCCAAGCCGCCAUCACCCAUGCCCUCAGACAUCACCAGCCAGAAGUCUUCAAGUUCUGCAUCAUCAGAGGCAUCGGAGACCUGUCAGUCUGUCAGCGAGUGCAGCUCCCCGACCUCGUGUGGCUCGUCCUUCGCUACCUUCCGCCCUACUCUCUCUCACACUGGCUCCGCCCGGCCUCUCUCUGUCAUACUUCCUGCGUCCCCACCCUAUAAACGCUCCCCUGGAUCCAACACCUCCUCUCCCACAUCCAAGGUUCCUUGCUGGAAGGAUUGGUCAAAAGUCUCCUACGAGCAGCCAAUGGUCACUGCGUUACAGCGGAAGAAGGAUCCUUUGGAGCGACUCAGAGAGCAGGAAGCCCCCUCUGGUGCCCAGGGGUAUGCUGGGAUACAUCCGGAUGAUUCUCACAGGCACAGGAUGACCCCGGCUUCCAUCGCUGCCAAGCAUGGAGAGGAAGUUUCUCCAGCUGCCAGUGACCUGGCCAUGGUUUUGACUCGCGGCCUCAGCAUGGACCAGCAGAAGACCAGCCGUGACUCUCUGCAGUUCUCCAGCGGCUACAGCACACAGACCACCACGCCAUCCUGCUCUGAGGACACCAUCCCUUCCCAAGUGUCCGACUACGACUGCUACUCUGUGAAUGGUGACGCAGACGGCGAGGUGCAGGCCGACUUCGACAAGUCCUCCACCAUCCCUCGGCACAGCAACAUUGCCCAGAACUACCGCCGCAUGAUCCAGACCAAGCGGCCGGCCAGCACUGCUGGUCUGCCCACUGCGGGGGGUGGCCAGGGCGGAGGGGGCGUGGGGACCCCGGGGACCGCCACCAUCCGGCGGACGCCCUCCACGAAACCCAGUGUGCGGCGCACCCUGUCCAACACGGGCCCCAUCCCUAUCCGACCACCCAUGGUACCAGUAAGGACGCCCACAGUGCCGGACUCUCCGGGUUACGCUGGGCCGCCGGCUCGGGCGGGCAGCGAGGAGUGCGUCUAUUACUCCGAAGACGCCUCCCCCGGCACACCGGACUACACCAAGGCCUCGCCAAAGCGUCUGAGCCUGCCCAACACAGCAUGGGGCUCUGGUGAGAUGAGCGUCUACGCCCAGCCGGCUGAGGAAGACCAGUUGCUGGCCGCCAACCGGCACAGCCUGGUGGAGCAGAUCGGCGAGCUAGUGGCCAGCGCCCAUGCUCUGGGUGAGGGGCAGUUCCCCUUCCCCUCGCAGCCCGAUGAGCCCCCGCCCCGCCCUGUGCCCGCUCAGGACCCCCAGCCACCAGGGGGGGAGGACAUGCUGGUUUCCAUUCGGAGGGGGGUCCGACUCCGCAAGACCAUCUCCAAUGAUCGGUCAGCACCUAGGAUUUUGUGACAGUCCUCAGCAGAAUACACAAGUCCAUUAAAGUCAGUAAAUAAUCAGUAACUAGACUAUACAGCCACAAACAGCCCCAUCCCUGUAAUUUUUGUAUGUAUGGACGCAUGUUUUAAUCAUCAACACCACAUCAGACGUGGGAGACUGCAAGUUGGCAGGUUGCAGUGUGGACAGGUGGCCCACCCCUCUUGCCCCAACUCUGGGGCGGGGGAGGGGGCACAGUUUGCAGGCCAUGGAGAGUUCGAUAGAGGAUUUGGGUGAAAAUGUAGCGCUGAACUGCCUCUCUCCCCCUACUGUUUUCAUUUCAGAGACUUUCCGGUGUGGGGGCGUGGCCACCUUCACCCCGCCUCUCUCUCUGUGCUCUAUGCUAUGUGCGGGUUCCUGGAGGGAGGAUCGGGUGUUGCAGGCUGAGGGCACUGCUGCAGGUCAGCUGGUGGCCUCAAGGGGGAGCUCUCUGCUGCCAGGAUUAGUCUAUUUUUUCUUUGGCGGGGCGGGAGUGGUAAGGGUUUGCCUUGCAUUCCACUGCUUAGAUUUCCAGGCUGUGUAAAGGGACUGAUACUGUGUCACAAUUUCACGAAAAGAUGAUUUAAAAAUAUGCCAGGCAUAUAAGUGUAUUUUUAGAAGACUUAGUGAACAUUUCAGUAUGAAAUCAAGCAAUAAAUGUGCUGUUUGGGUGGGAAGAUAAAAUUUAAAGAAUAGAUUUUUAUUACUGUAUAGGUUUUAUUAGUGUAUAAGUUUUCUUUCGUUUGUAACUUCAGGCGGUCAUCAGGCAAACAGUUUUAAACUCUGUACCGCGUCUCAUAACUUUGGCACUUUGGUAAAUUCCCUGGCUGAGCACUAGAUGUCACUGUGGUCACACUCUGACAUUCACUGCCACGGCAAUACAACGAAGCGCGCGUAAUCUCACACGUUAAUGUGAAGGAUUAAGGCAAAACGAGGUGAAACGGACAGGAGCCAAUGGAGUUCGCAGGAUAUUAUGAUGUGGAUUUAUUUAUUUUUUGGCGCAGAAAGAAGAUUCACAAGGGAACAGACUGAUGUAUGUAUGUUGUUGACUCGUGCGGUUUAGAUGAAGACUUGCUCAGACUUGCUGGUUUCACGUGGGAAUGUUGUGUGCUGGGAAAUCCUGCUGCGCAUGUGCGGUGGAGGCUCAGGUAGUUAGCGGAGAGCAGAUGAGGGAGGUUUUCGCGCGCACACUCACUCGAGCGAAGUAACAGCAGCUGUACAUGAAAUCUAGUUAUGGAAUAAAGUCUAGGUAGCGUGCAAAAAUAUACUUGUAACAGAUUUUGAUGACGUUUAAUCUUUAGUGAAAAGCAAAUGUCCGGAGGCUAAAUUAACAAAUCUAUUAAUGGCGAAACAUCUUCUCUUCUUUCUUUUGACAUUGACAACUGUUUCACUCAAUGUGAGGGAAGAAACUAGAGCACACCAUAUGCCUGGAUUCAUGUCAGCCUUAUUUAAAGGUGUCAUAUAGUUAAAGGGUGGGGAAAAAAACUCCUAGCAUAUGAAAUGGGACAUUCUGGUCCUCAUGUUUCAUUUAGAGGUGUCUGGUGGAAACGUGUUGGAAUAAUGUGUCAAGACAAAGUCAGAAAUGACAGGAAGUGAAAUAAAAGCGCCAGGAGGAGGGACUUCCUGCGUGACUGCAAACCGCUCGCCUGAGCAUGAUGACCACUGGCAUGUACAUAUUUUACAUAGACACACAACACCGUUUAUUUAUUCCAGGCAAAUAGUACACCCUGUUCUUGAAGACACUUGUAGCCGCAUUCAGCGACAACUUUAUUGCAAUUUUCCCCCAAAUGUUUCCUUUUGUACUGUACUGGAGCAAGCAUUGUUCCCACACUGUGAAGGAGCACAGCGGUGUGGAGGAGGCAGGUUUGACCAAAGGGGCGGGGCAGUGGAUCAGCAGCGACCCCACAUGGAUUUGUGGGGACUGGCAGGCAGCUGGUGAUCCUCCAUAGCUGCACUGAAGCACAGAUCAUAACUUUGUAUGUAAAUAAACAUAUAUAUAAAUAUAUCAGAAGGUGAACACUAAUUGUAAAAGUCGCAUUGCAGAAAUAAUAAAAAACAGUGUUUGACACUAAUUCUACUGUCUAGAUGUACUGGGAAAAAAAAACAAAGGCAAAAGUCAAGUCCACAGGGUGAUGGGCGUGCGGGACGUAUUGUAUUUUUAGCUGAUUAAAAAUACGACAUCAUCAUCAAAUCGAAUUUGGCAAAUCUCGGUAUAUCUAGUUUGUCAUGUUGUCUGAAUGUUGACCGUCAGACUUUUUUUUUGUGUGUUGCCGUUGUUUAAAGAGACGCGUCGUCUUGGAAGCUCAGAGGGUGUUGGGUGUGGAGUUGUCUUUCGGACCUGCUUCUGGUUUGGUUCUCACCCUCAGUCUGGAGCACCAUCGCAUACGUUGACCUAGGUUGGAGGUCACUUCCCCUCACACACAUGCUUCUGAAGUCGAGUAAGCCUGGUUUCGGAAGUACAUACAAAUGCUCAAGUUCCUAAGUGGUGAUUCUGUGCUGGAGGAACAUUCUGCUGAAGGCUCAGGUGGAACUUGGAAAAAAAUUACCCAGCACUUUCGCCCAAUCUGGUCACCUUCCUCAGAGCAGGAUGGUGUGCACAGCUUAAAAGGUUCCCUGUAAGUGUGGUCCAGUUCCAGGCUGUUCUUGGGGGCCAAAAGGAGCAUCUAACCCUUCUCCUAAGCGCCGCUGGUGGAAUGUUUCCCAUUUUUCGUGUUGUGCGUUGAUCUGGGACCGAGAGACAGUUUUCGGGUUGAGGGAAGCUUCCACUAAUGAGACUCAGCACAUGAUUCUACACUGAGCAUCCUUCCUGUGUGCUGUUAAGGAACUCCCCCGCCAUUGUUACACGCAUGGAUGUUGUUAGGUCCUGUAUUGUUCUGCCCUUAUUUCUGUCUUGCUGAUGUUCGAUUGAUAGAGAGUCCAGCCGCUGGAUGGCUUGAAGGCACCUCUGUAAUUUCUCUCAGCCUUCCAGAGCCAUUUGUUACUCUGAGAGAUUGAGGUGGGCCAUACGGCUCGGGACGAGAGCUCGACGUACAGCUGUGGGCUUUUCCAAGGCUCGUUGUGUUUUCAUGCCCACCGGUGUUUGCUGCUCGUGCUCCAGAGAGACACUCUGCUGUCACGUAACACCACACAAUGAAGCCCCCCGCCGCCGCCCCCCCAUACGCACAAAUCGAGUCUCGGGUUAGCAGAAAGGACCAUCACUUUUGCAUCCCCCGGUCAGUCACUUUAUGCCAGCCCCGUCUGUUGAAGUAAUCCUGCAGUGCAUAUGAGGGAAAAAAAAACUGCAAGAUAAAAGCUCGGGUUAAAUGGAUGAAUAUAAGUGUGGUUUCAAAAGCUCAAGCUGCCUCCCUGGAUGCAGGGCUGACAUCAGCCCCGCCUGUCGAGGGAGCUCUUCGUCGGUAAGUGGCCAGACGGGCGCCGUAAAAACCGCACACCUGCCGCUCGCAUCUCCAGCCUCCUGUAGUACAGCGUCACCUCUGACCCCGUCACACCAUCUCCUCUGUCACUCCUUUCACUGACCCCAAGGAACUAAAAACACAGAGUCUCUGAACUUGACCUUUGCCACAGUUAAAAAAAAUGUUUUUUCUUAUUAUUGUGGAAAUAUAUGAUGUGUUUGUUGUUUUUGUACGAAACCUCUCCUUCCAGUGAAGUCCAGUAACACUGCAGAUCCCCGUGACACACUGUCUUCUCCCUUUUCUCUCUUCCUCUUUUUAAUUUAUUGUGUUCUUUUAAUUAUACAUUUGUCUUUUUUGUAAUAUUUACCCUCUUGAUUUGUUAACUUUAGUCACUGCUAACGUAACAAAAUGCACUGUGAUGGAUCCAGUAUUAAUAAAAGUUGUACUUAAAUUCA